CAACAACAACAACAAUAUAUAUAUAUACGUCCAAUAAUUAGUCACAACAACGAUUACCGCAACUCCUCUUGCGAAGAAAAAUAUUUGAAUAAAACCCAAACAUUGGAAAAUCUCGAACUAAUAUCCUUUUACACAACAUUAUAUGGGCACUUGAUUUCGUGGCACACAACUAGGAUACCGAAUAACCACUCAAUGCAAACUACCAUGUUUAACUAUGUCGAGGCUCUGCUGGCACCCAAACUGCAGUACAAUGGCCAGUGGUUGAAAUCGACAACAACAUCACGACCACCAGUAACAUCAGACUUUUAUCACACACUUGGCCACACAAGCAACCCGCAACCACAACAACAGCAGCAACACGAACAGCGACUACGACAACGACGUGCAACACGCGAUAAACAAUUCAAAAUGGUGGCGGAUGACAAUGUUCAGCAAAAUUUUGCCACUCAACUGAACAAUGACAACAACCACAUCGCAAACAACAACAACAUCAAUGGCAGCAGUAAAAAUGCAACAGCAACGACAUUCCCAUCGACAUUCGGUCCCAUUACACCGGUCAUUUCACAGAUUCUUGCAACGCCAAUGAAAACAUCAGCAACAGCUGCCAGCAAUGCCAUUACCUCAACACGCUCCCCCUACAUGCUGCUGACAACGUCAGCCGUAACAGCUGUAACCUCAACAUUGGUCAAUAGUAGCAGGGUCGAUGGUGCGGGUGUGGGUGCGAGUGGUGCGAUAGCCAUGAUUGCUCCAUCACCACCCUCGUCCUCCUCGCUAAACAUCAGUUUUGCAAUGACCUCGCCAACCGCCGCCGCCGCUGCUGUUGCAGCCGUAGCAUCGUCCACCCCAGCCACAACCAUUACACCCUCAACAGGAUCCGUGUUCUUUGAAGGUGAUCUCCUGCCAACGGUAUUCGUCACUGGCAAUGGCAAUGGGAACAGCAGGAAUAACACAACAACGGUUGCGGGCAUGGACGACGAUGACAAUUUGAAUUCGUUCUACUUCUAUGAGACAGAACAAUUUGCCGUUCUAUGGAUUCUAUUCACCAUCAUUGUCCUGGGCAACUCGGCGGUAUUGUUUGUCAUGUUCAUGAAUAAAAAUCGCAAGUCACGCAUGAAUUAUUUUAUAAAACAAUUGGCGCUGGCAGAUUUAUGUGUGGGCCUGCUGAAUGUCCUGACCGAUAUUAUAUGGCGCAUAACGAUAUCCUGGCGAGCCGGAAAUAUAGCCUGUAAAAUAAUACGGUUCUCUCAGGUGUGUGUGACGUAUUCGUCGACAUAUGUCCUGGUGGCCAUGAGCAUCGACAGGUAUGAUGCCAUUACGCAUCCAAUGAAUUUUUCCAAAUCAUGGAAACGAGCCCGCCAUCUGGUGGCCGGUGCCUGGAUUGUCUCUGCCUUAUUCUCCCUGCCCAUUCUGAUGCUGUACGAAGAGAAAAACGUCCAAGGACAAACUCAAUGUUGGAUUGAAUUGGGCUCACCGCUGUCGUGGCAAAUCUACAUGGGCCUGGUGUCGGCUACCCUUUUUGCCUUUCCCGCCCUCAUUAUUUCGGCCUGCUAUGCCAUUAUCGUCAAGACGAUAUGGGCCAAGGGUUCGAUUUUUGUGCCUGCCGAAAGGGCUGGCUUUGGCAGCAAUACAACGACGAGGAGGGCCAGCAGCCGUGGCAUUAUACCUCGGGCCAAGGUGAAAACAGUUAAAAUGACAUUCGUCAUUGUCAUCGUUUUCAUUGUUUGCUGGUCGCCGUACAUUAUCUUCGAUUUGCUGCAAGUCUUUGGCCACAUCCCACAGACACAGACGAACAUUGCCAUAGCCACAUUCAUACAGAGUUUGGCACCGCUCAAUUCGGCAGCAAAUCCCCUGAUUUAUUGUCUCUUCUCGUCGACGGUGUUUAGGACAUUAAGCCGUUAUCCUCCCUUCAAAUGGUUCACCUGCUGUUGUAAGUCAUAUCGCCACAACUCCACAACGAAUCGUUGCAACACGGUUGGUAGGCGUUUGCAUAAUAGCUGUGAUUCAAUGCGCACCCUAACCACCUCGUUGACGGUUUCGAGGCGCUCCAACAAGGGCACCACCAGGGUGGUCAUCUGCGAGAGACCCAAAUCGAAUUCGAUCCAUCACAACGCCAUGUCGGAGGUAUGAUAGCAGCAGCAUUGUGCGCGUUGCUCCAGUGUCAUUUUGUAUCGCUCGACGCGCUUCACUCCCAUGGAAUAUCUUUAAGUGAAAGGAGAGAGAUUCGAUUAGUUGUUAAGUUUUAGUUGAUACACUUCUUCUUGUUUUUGUAAGUAAAAUGCUUCUGUGGUAAAAUAACAAAUAUGAAGAACGAGGGAAUAUAAGGCACAAGAUAAAGUUGUUUUUCAAAACCUACAAAAAUAU